CCACUCAGCAGGCCUGGCCAUAUCAAUUUGGUCAUACAUUACGUAAUGGACAAUCUGGAAGUUGCUUUAUCCUUAUCGAUUAUAAUGCCGAUUGGCACAAGUCUCUGGCUGCAAUUGUUACUUCAAGUGAAUGUCUAUUUAACCGCCAUUUGGAGUCUUGGCCUAACACUUUGGAUGAUAAUGAAUAUCGAGAGCAAUUUGAACUCUGAGGGAUUUGUUAAAAUGUUGGCUUAUCUAGUGGCACUUGCAAUCGAUUCGAGGCGUCUAUAUGUUGGAUAUAUUUUCAAUUUGAGAGCCUCUGUAUUUAGCACUAGAGCCUUGCCCUUGAUCCUGUGGCUGACCACGCCCCAACUAGUGCUUGUGCCCCUGGGUCUGUAUCUUAGCUCAUGGCCAGAGCCCUUUUGGCUUCCAUACGUCUUGUAUGCCAAUGGCAUUUGCAUGGCUCUCGAGGUGCUUGUGACACUUUCGGCAUUUGGCAGAAAAUAAUAACUAAACCAAGGGCAUUCGCAUAGUCGUCGUGGGUUUGGAUUGUUGUUGGCGAACACACACACUUUUAUUGCAUUUACCCUGGACAAGAUGGACCCGGAUGUCGUUUUCAAUAAAGGCGUUUGCGAGCGUUAAGCCACACACCCACACACACACACACACACACAUGAGUGUGUUGGUGAGUGUGUGUCGCAGUUCCUGUCUCUGGUUGCCACUUUAAUUAAUUUCUUUAAGUUCAUUAACGUUUCAGACUUGUUUAAGCAAGCGCAAAAUGACAAUGAAAGGGCGGAACGCUUUUUGAAGAUGUUUUCAGUCGGACAACGACUUUCACUUCAUUUUGUAUAAUCAGAAAGCAAAUGGAGAUGAAAUGGCACAAACUACGCAGAUGGGUUUUGAUUAAAAAGAUUCGAAAAUAUUUAGCUAAAGUUAUGAACCAUUUCUUUAACGAAAAUUCCUGGGGUAAACAAACCAACAAGUAGUUUGUGAAUAAAUAAUAGACAAAUUUAUAGUAUUAAAAUCGUAUUAA